GUAAUCUGGGACUAGAAGGACGAUUCAUAAACGUCAGGAAGGGCGAGGAGGGAAGGUGAUCGGCGCAGAGCAGGGAUGAGGAUCUCCGGGAGACUUUGUGUCGUCUUCGCUGCCGUUUGUUACUUUGUUGCUGAGACUUCCGCCCAACCAAGCUGCGGGGGUGUGGCUGACUUUGGACGCUGCGACGGAGACGCGGGGGGCUUCUGUCCCAGCGGCAUUCAAUGCAGCUGCAAAGGUGGAAAUGCGUUCUGCAAUUGCCCCAACUACAAAGGACCCAACACCGAUUACUGGUACAUGGGGGAGAAGUGUGACCACCUAUGGAGUACGUGGGACCUGGUCGUCAUGGUGGUGUUUCCCGCGGCCGCCCUGGCAUUCGUGGUCGCUGUCGUAGCGCAAUGGAUUCACUUCUGCAAAACACCUAACAGCAAGACUAGCAAGCAGAAAAAGAGUAAUGAGACCGCCCAGGAGGAGCCGGGCCGGAACAGCCGCUCCAUCAACGUGCCGAUGUCCAACAUCCCGCCGCAAUCCCCGCAGAGAGCCGCAGCCUGGAGCGCCCCGCAGAGGACAAAUUACUACACCGAGGCGCCCCCUGCGGCUCGUAAUGCAGAUUACGCCGACAUCAAACGUAAGCAGUCCCGGAAUUUAGACAAACCGUCGUAUGGAUUCCCAGACCAGGACUAUGACGUGGAGCCGCCACGCCAACCCCAGCAGUUUGCGAGACCUGCAGCUGCUCCUCUUCCCCAGGCUGACUACGGACAGGGCGGCUCCGGCUGGGGGAACCGGCCCUUCACCUUCGGGCGUCCGCAAGUCAACUACGGCUAUGAAUAAGAAACGCGCGGUGUCUGUGACCUCGGCCGGUGUACGAGGACCCCCGGCCCCCCCCCCCCCCCCCCCCCCCCGGCACUACGGGAAUGAACUAUUGAUUUACCAAACCGUCGCCGAAUAUAUCCAGGAAGGACGAUCGUUAUAAAGAAAAUAUUUUAUGACUGAUAAAUAUAAAUCUAAAAAUAAAAGUUUAUAUGGAAGUAAUGAAAUGUGGGGAGCCAAUUCUGAAAAUUAAACACGGUGGUAAAAAUCCUG